AUGACGCCUUUCGCCUCCCUCGUGGUUUUAGUCUGUCUGGGGCUGCAGCUUGUCGCUGCGCGAGGCCUUCUCUCCUAUCCCACCAAGCCGCGAGUCUUCGUACUGUCCGAUAUUGCCAAUGAGCCUGACGAUGCAGAAUCUCUGGUCCGGUACCUUGUUCACAGCAACCAGUUCAACACCGAAGGUCUGGUCGCCACCACGUCGGUAUGGCUGAGGAACGAGAUCCAUCCCGAGGACAUGACCAAGAUCAUCGAUGCCUAUGGCAAGGUCGUGGACAACUUGAACCGCCAUGCUCCCAAGGACUCGCCCUUUCCUUCGGCAGAGUACUUCCACGGGAUUUUGAGGAACGGAACAACGGAAUAUGGCAUGGCCGGAGUAGGCGACGAUAUUCCCCUCAGUGACGGUGCGAAACUGCUCCUCGAGCGUCUGGAGCAUGACUCCAAGCAGCCGCUUUGGGUUCUCGCCUGGGGCGGCACCAACAACCUCGCACAGGUGCUGUAUAAGAUCCGUAAGGACUAUUCGCCCGAGAAGGCGGCCGAGUUGCGUUCGCGACUCCGCGUGUAUGCCGUCUCCGACCAAGACGACACGGGCGCUUGGAUCCGCCGCGAGUUCCCCGAGAUCUUCUACAUCGCGUCUGUGCACGGCUGGAACCUCUAUCCCGUGUCCACCUGGGUGGGCAUCUCCGGCGACGUACUGCACGGAUUCGACAAAGGCGGUCCCGACGAUUCGAAACUCACCCACGAAUGGAUCCGUCGCAACAUCCAGAUCGGGCCGCUGGGUAAGCAGUACCCGGAUUAUGAGUACCUCAUGGAAGGUGACACGCCGACCUUCUUGUAUCUGAUCCAGAACGGGCUCGGCGACUCCGAGCACCCCGAGUACGGGUCCUGGGGCGGCCGAUAUUCCCUGGUGAACCCCAGCACCCACGGGCUGAAGUACAACCACUACGCCGAUGUCCCGGACACCGUGGUUGGCAAGAACAACGAGACCUUCAAAUCCAACCACGCGACCAUCUGGCGUUGGCGCAAUGCCUACCAGAAUGACUUCGCCGCCCGCAUGCAGUGGACUCUUGCGGAGAAUGUCAGCCAGGCGAACCACCACCCUGUUGUGUCGGUCAACGGCUCCAGCGGAUUAGCCCCCAUCGCGCUGAAUGUGACCGCUGGCUCGACGGUGACUUUCGACGCCAGCGACAGCUACGAUCCCGACGGAGAUCACUUGAAGUUCCGCUGGUUCCAGUAUGGGGAGCCCACUCAGGGCGAGUCGGUCCGUGUGGAGGACGUGGUGACUAUGGACAUCAAGCCAUUCGGCAAGGGGGAACAGAGGGCGAAGGUCCAGAUCCCGCCGGCCAAGUUGUCUUGUGUGACGAUGUCGUCUGGAUGCCAGGUCCUACACUUGAUUGUGGAGGUGACGGACUCCGGGAGUCCGGCGUUGACGACCUACCGGCGUGUGGUGAUGCAGGUGCUCGAAAAUGACUCAUAG